AUGGACCGCUACGUGUUGGUUAUAUCCUUCUACCAAACUGAUGAGGAGACGUCGGACUGUUUUAAAUGUUUGGAGCCAGUAAAACAGAUAUAUGACAAACUUGUGGACAUCUCAGCUCAAGAGUCCGUGAGAGGCGUCUCUGGGUUUCCAGCUUGUUCUCUUAGUGGCAGCCCAUCGGCUCAGAGGUGGUACUUUGCUGUUCAGGCUUGUCAAGGAGCAACACAGUUUUGCAGCUCUGACUGGGAAGAGUUGGGAACAGGCCACCAGAAAAGUGACAGUGAGGAGGAGAAGCUGACUGCUGUGGAGGAAUGUCUCAGUAAUCUGGAGGCAUCGGACCAAAAGGUUGAUCAGGCGACACUGACAGAGCUGGUGGAGGAGGCUGCAGAAGGACUGCAUCUGCUGUCAGACAAGCUGCCACCUCCAGGUAAAGCCUUGUUGGACGUUCUGAUGCUGGGCUCUGCUGAACAGUCUCCUCCGGUUAAAGACCUGCUGCCUCUGCUGGGAGCCCUGAAACACAUGUCCUGCUGGCACGCUGCUAACAUCACCAUAGUCACACAGCACACUACUGGGUGGCAGAAAGUAGCUUCCUCCCUGAGCGCCGGUCUGGUCGAACUCGCCGGCCUUGACAGCUGCAUCGACCACAGGGAGAUGUGGAGAGGAGGCCUUGUUAUCAGAGAGAAGAAGCAUGUGUCAGAACUUCGCUUCGAUGGCUUUUCUCUGCGCUCUCCAGUGCAUCAGAUAUCAGAGUCUUUUCUCCUGCAAACUCCUUUCACCACCACCACGGACCACCAGCUGCAGUCUGAGGUCUUCCAUUACUAUGCACCGGUUCUAGACUUGGUUCAGCUGGUUCAUCUGUCAGACCUGCCCAGCUUCCUGAUGUCCAGCACCCAGUUUGAACUAGGCCUGUCUGGGAAGUCGAUGAAAGCUAAACUUCUGCUGGACCAACUGAGGUCACUGCGUGGAAAGGUCGGAGCUCUGUUCAGUCUGUCCUGUAUCAUCACUCCCAUCGCCCAGCCUCCAGCCAGCCAGAUCAGCUCUCAGCGCUGGAGAGAGUCUCUAUCCAGGAGACCAAAGUCUUUACUGGCGCCUGAUGUGGAGGUGAAAGGUGAGAGUUCCGUCUACUUUUUGUUGGUCCAGGGCUCAGACGAUGUUGGUUCUGGAGCCUGCAGGGUCAGGAUGCUGCACUCAGACACUCAGAUCAAUGGAGCGGCUGCCAUGGCAACCGUCUCCGGGUUGCUGAGAGAGAAGCCCCUGUCACCACCAGGAGUAGCUGAAAGCAUCCUCCAGCCGCUGCCAUGUCUCCAAGGAAACAGUCUGCUGCAGAGGGAGAGGAAGGUGGCUGAAGUUCAGACUCUGGUACUCAAAGAAUACCUCAGACAGAAAAAUGAAGCUUCCGCAUCAACGUCGAUACCCGUCAAUGACUUGAAGGCCAUUCUGAGUCAAGCCAGAGAACAGUAUCUGAAGAUGGUCGACUCCAAUCUGCCCACUGCUGCCACCUGUCUGAAAGACCGUCAGGCCGCCAAAAACUCAGGGUUUCCGACCGUUUCCCAGCAGCCAUCUGACUGGCCUGAGAGGAGUGUCCUGCACAACGUGGAGAACCUGCAGAGGAGACGACAGAAGAGAAGGUUUGGUCUAUUAGGUCCAGGCUCUAGUGACAGUCUGCUGGGUCCUAAAGACAGUCAGAGGGGCUCCUCUGCUUUACUAGAUGCCAAAGAACUUCUAAAGCACUUCACAUCUGAUGGUCUACCCACUGGGGAGCUACAACCACUGGCUGUCAACAGAAGUAAUAAUGUGUUUCAGCUGUCACCAGACCUUUCCCCCCGGAGAAUCAGCCAGAUGCCCUUCAGCAAGGCCUCUGCCUCCCAUUACCACGGCAUAGAGUUCUGUCUGGAUAACCGGCGCUCUCUGGACCGGGACCAGGCCUUUGUGCGGCUCCAGUCUCGUCUGAUUCGAUAUGAAACCCAAACCACCUGCUCUAAGGAGCCCUGUGCCCUCCCCUUCGCCCUCAGCCCUGCCCCGUCACCUGCUGUGAUAUCAGAACCAGGAAGUGUACCUGACGGAGAGACGCUGCAGAACAACGAUGUAGCUCGACUGAAACGCAGGUCCUGGGAAACGGAGAUUGUUGGAGGUUAUCCUCGCAAGAGGCUGGUGAAGUCGGAGAGCAGCGACUCUCUCUGUUCUCAGAGCAGUAACAGCAGCGGGACUCAUCCUGCCAUCAGGUCUUUACGACAGCAGCCCAGCAGAUCUCAGUCCACCUCCUCCUCCAUCAGCACCACUUCCUCCUCAGCCACAAGACGGACAUCAGGUUUGGUGGCUCUGCCCUGUGCUGACAGACCUAAACCUCAGCAGCAGAAGACACGUGAAGGCCACGCAGAGGACAAACCUGCCAAAGAGUCGCGCUCCCAGAAACACAACAGGAUGCUGCAGGAGGUAGUAGCUAAAACACUCAAACACCAUGGGAUCAGCGCCGAGCAUCGGUGCUUUGAGGCCUGCAGCAAAAGACUGUUUGAUAUCUCCAAAUUCUAUCUCAAGGAUCUGAAGACGUCUCGAGGUUUGCAUGAUGAGAUGAAGAAGGCAGCCGGCAGCAACGUUAAACAGGUCGUUGACUGGGUGCUGGAGAAGACCUCGAAGAAGUGAACGAGAUAAUGAAGAAUCAGUGGGGGGAAAAAAAGCUUCUUUGUUUUUUUUAAAGAGGAUUUUGCAUCAAAAAAGUGCAUCUUCUGUCACAUUUUACUACAUUCAUGAAUGUUUGAUGUUUUAAGCCUUUCUGAUUGGUCUUAAACUGUUACACUAAGCCUGUUUUAAUUAACUUAAUCCUUUAUUGAAUUUUGUUUUCUUCACUUUUGAGGAGAUCAUAUAGCAUUUUACCAUGUUAAGCUUUUGUUUGUGUGUUCAUCCAGCCUGAUAAACUCCCAGUGCAGAGUCUGAAACAGGAAAACAGACAAACCGACACAGUUCACUCUGCAGAGGCCACAGAGGCUUCCAUGCUGGCUUUAGUCGUCUUUUCUUUGUUGCGGUUUUCAAACAUGAUUUUAAAUCUUUUAUCCGCCUUUGUUUCAGAGCACAAUAAUAGUUUUAUGUUUUGUUUGAAAUGUACAUAUUUUAUCUGUUUUCAACACAAUAAAUGUAUUUGAUCUCAUGUUCUGCACAGCGAACCUCCACCUGAGCAGGUUUCUGAAGCGAAGACAGAGCAUCUGAAUGGAAA